CCACCAUAUAUGAAGAACUGAAAGGAAAAGGUAUUAUUCCAGACCCGAGGCCGGUGAGAACCCCUGAAGACAAGCUGGACAAAACUCGAUACUGUGCGUAUCACAAGUCUCCAGGACAUAAUAUCGAUGAGUGUCUCGGUCUUUUGUCAGCAGUCUCACAGUUAAUCGGACAACCUCAGCUUCAAAAGUUCCGAAAUUUUGAUAAUCGCCGGAAAGGAAGGCCCUUGGAUCUUUCGGAUGAUGAAGAUGAUGAUAACCGACCAGUUAAUCCUAAAAAAGCCCGUGCAAACGACAAGGAGGUUUUCACGUUUUCUACUCAUGUCAGAACCUCGACUGAUAACUGUAGGAAAUCCAGGACACAUGACGCCUUAGACUCUUCACACUGCAUACCUCGAGUCAAUUCCAAUAACAAGCAGCUGGAUACUUCUCGGCGGAAAGCCAAAGCUUAUGCCCGGGAGGCACAAAAUGCCGAGAAACGAGUCAUGAAUGUUGAUCUUCGAGAUACCAUCAACAAACGGAAUUGUCCCAUCACAUUCAGUAUCGAAGAUGCCAAUCUAUUUGCUCACCCUCAUUCCGACGCUCUUAUUAUAACAGCCCCGAUUGGAGGGAUUCCUGUUCAUCGGAUUUUGGUCGACACAGGAGCUUACUCAAGUAUUUUGAUGCUCCGUACUUUCAAGAAAUUGGGUUUGGACCCAGCAGACAUUAGGCCUUGCAACGACCAAAUUCAAGGUUUCAAUGGAAGCAUUUCCUGCCAUGUCGGAGAAAUACUACUCCCUAUUCGGUUUGGUGGCUUUGGACCAAAAUCCAAGAUCAUUAUGGAGACUUUCAAUGUCUUGGAUGUCCAGAAUGAAUAUAAUGCUGUAAUAGGACGAACUGCACUUUACAAACUUCGUGCUGCUGUGUCAAUUUUCCAUUAUACCCUGAAGUUCCCCACCAUUGAAGGAGAAGGCACUCAUUACGGAGAUCAACGAGAAGCCCGGAGUCUGAUGUUGCUCUCAACUUCGCGUAACUUUUAUAUGAUUGAAGAGCGGGAUAUUGAUACCUCUAUUAGGUUGAACAACCCAACCCUUAAUGCUGAAGGAACUGAUCAGUUCGCUCCUGAUACCGACAUGCCUCGAGCAGAUACUGACAUUCCUCUUACGGAUACCGAUGUCCCUAUGACGUCGGUUUUGCCUGAAACAUUAACUGAAGUCCUUGAUCAAGAGCAACCUUUUCAUGAGAAAGACACAGGAAUACACGAAGAUAUGGAUCCACGGAUGCAGUUCAAAGAUGGAAAUCAUCAUGUCCGAGCGGAACUACUUAAUUCAAUUCCUCCAGUCAACUCCGAUGUAUUCGCUUGGAAGCAUGAAGACAUGAAAGGAAUUGACCCGCAAAAAGCAUGUCAUCGCUUGAAUUUGGAUAAGACUGUCAAGCCCGUUAUCCAGAAACGCCGGAAAUUCAGCCCAGACUGCCAGAAGGCCCUUGAAGAGGAAGUAAACAAGCUCAUAGACAAUAAGUUCGUCAAAGAAGCCAAAUACCCGACGUGGAUAUUGAAUCCUAUCUUGGUCAAGAAAGCCACCGGCCUUUGGUGUCUGUGCAUAGAUUUUUCAGAUUUGAAUCAAGCGUGCCCGAAAGAUAGCUACCCCAUUCCACACAUUGAUUACAUGGUAGAUGCUACAUCGGGACAUCAACUCAUGAGUUUCUUGGAUGCCUAUUCCGGCUAUAACCAAAUUCCCAUGCACCCUGAUGAUGCUGAACAUACCUCGUUCUGCUCAGCUCGAGGUCUUUAUUGCUAUGUCAUGAUGACUUUUGGAUUGAAGAAUGCAGGGGCCACAUACCAAAGGUUGGUCAAUAAGAUGUUUGCUCGUUUGAUCGGAUACACGAUGGAAGUUUACGUGGACGACAUGUUAGUGAAAUCGGAACGGGCCUCUGAUCACAUCGCCCAUCUUUCCGAAGUCUUUGAUAUUCUCCGAGAGUAUUCUAUGGUGCUUAAUCCCAAGAAGUGUACUUUUGGGGUUGGAUCAGGGAAGUUUUUGGGAUACAUGGUGAGUCAGAGAGGGAUCGAAGCCAAUCCCGCCAAGAUUCAAGCUAUACUUGACUUAGCUCCCCCGACAUCUAUUAAGGGUGUCCAAGCUUUAACUGGUCGACUGGCAGCUCUAAAUCGGUUCAUUUCAAAGUCGACAGAUCAUUGCAAGCCAUUCUUUGACGCUAUCAAAAAGAAGAAGCCGUUCGAAUGGACCGUAGAAUGCCAGAAUGCUUUUGACAACAUCAAAGAAGUUCUCUCACGGUUACCAACGUUGCAGAAACCACUUCCUGAUGAACUUCUGUAUUUGUACCUGGGUGUAAGUGACGUUGCUGUUAGUGCUGUUCUUAUACGACAGGAUGGGCUUCAACAGUUCCCUAUAUAUUACGUUAGCAAGGCGUUACAUGAUGCUGAAUUGCGAUAUCCAUAUAUGGAGAAGUUAGCCUUUGCUCUGAUCAUCGCUGCACGGAAGCUGCGCCCAUAUUUUCUGGAACAUUCAAUUAUC